AUGCUUCAGGCCUUGACAAACCCUGAGCGUGCUAGCUAUGACACCCUUCAGGGGGCCUUGGAGAGGUGGAAGGCCUUGCGGUCAAGGUACGACCGGAAGAAGGAUCAGUUCGGCUCACGAGAGGCCCUGCCGGAGUCUCUCGCGAUGAGCGCCUUAGAGAAACUGGUCCCGAAGGAGCUUGUGACCCACCUCAUGUUGAACUACGCCCGCUUCAAAACCUUUGAGGAGAUGGAGAGAGAGGUGAUCAACUUCAUGGAGGCGAAGACAGGCUCUCGCAUGGUGGUCAGCUCAAACUUCGCAAAGCCGUCAGGGGGCAACUCUGGCCCAGUGCCCAUGGACGUGGACAGCCUCGACAAGGUCGUGUCGGGCAACCUCGCUUCGAUAGUGAAGAAGGGAGGAAAAGGUGAUGGCAAAGGGAAUGCCAACAAGAUCAAGUUUGAUGGGACCUGCGACAACUGUGGCAAGUAUGGCCACCGUAAGCAUGAUUGCUGGAGUAAGCCCACAGGAGCAGGCAAAGGAUCUACAUCCAGGAGUCCGACAUCGAGCCCAAAGAAGGAGGUGAAGUUCACUGGAACCUGCAAUCAUUGCGGGAAGCCAGGGCACAAGAAGGCAGAGUGCUGGGCGGCUCAGGGAAAGGGGAAAGGAGGAAAGGAGCUCAAUACGCAGUGGAAGCAGAAGAACAUCGACCUUGAGGAGUCAGAGCCAUCGAACAUCAACCAGGACAAGAUCGACCAGAAGAGGAGAGGAGAGUUCGGCGGCAGACAGGCUGGAGAGCCCAAUGAGAUGAGGUUGAAGACACCUUCAGGAGAAGUGGUGAAAGCAUAUGGGAAGGCCACGGUCCAUGGCAAGGAUGAUGACGAAGCUCAAUGGGGAGGUCGCCGACGUCCACAAGAUCCUGGUGAGUGCAGCAAAGAGGAGGGUGCAAGGCCACACUUGGUGGCACAGGACCGGAAGACCGGGAUGAUGAUGGCCACUGCCCUCAACCAGAAGGGCGCGGUGGACACGACAGGACAGAAGUUGCUCACGAGGUUCCUGGAGCUGUUGGGCUACAAGGACAUCGUGCUGAAGAGUGACGGCGAGCACUCGUUGGUGAGGAUGAAGAAGGCGGCCGGAAGGGACGCCAAGAAUUUGGUCAAGACCAUUUGUGAGGAGAGCCCUGCUGGAGAUUCGAGAGCGAAUGGAGAGGCAGAGGCUGCAGUGAGAGAAGUGAAGUGGAGGAUCAAAGCCGUCCACUUGAUGUUGGAGAAGAAGAUUGAGGGUGGCUUGCCAGGCCAGAAGGACACCCGCUUGCGCUGUGGAUCCCACGCUAUGUGGCUGAGCACAGAUGUGAGGACGCCUGAGGAGAGAAGGACAGGCAAGAAAUGGAUUAAGCCUAUGCCGGUCUUCGGUGAGAAGAUCUUCAUCAAGCCGGCAGGGAAAGGCAAGAAGUCAGAUGCCUCAAAGAUGAAGGAGGCCCGGUUCCUUGGGUGCCACAAUCGCUUUGGCAGCGUGUUGGGCAUGACCAAGGAAGGCGUCUUGGUGGGCACCGGAUUUCACACGGUGGCUGAAGGGGAGAAGUGGGGACCAUUGGAGUUGGACUUGAAGGGGGCCCCAUGGGAUGUCCGUGCCUAUGUUCGAAGGUUGCCUGAUGAACCCAUUCCAGCACCUUCGACGCCAGCCGUGGUGGUGGUUCCUUCGACCCCUAUGGCAGCUCAGGGACUUCCUGGAGAUGCAGGCCUGACCUCAAGCGCACCGAGGGCAGAGGAGGAGGCUCCGGCGGCGACGACAGAGGCUGAGGUUGGAGGACCGAGCACGAGUCCACAGACGCCGACGGCCACGAGAGCAUGGCCGGUGAGGAGGGAGCACCUUGUGAAGUUUGGGCGCACUGCAGAGUGCCCGGGGUGCCUGUCGAUCCUGAAAGGAGCAGGAUUCCAACAAGUGGCUCACAACGAGGCUUGCAGAUCGAGGAUCAAGAAGCGCUUGGUUGAGGAGCAGCAGGCAAAGGCCGAGGAGACCAAGAGGUUGAGAGAGGAGCACACGAUGGGUCGGAGAAGAGACUCUCGGACUUCAAGCGGGACAAGAAGAUGGUGGAUGAGGAGAAGGAGAUUGGCAGAGCACGACUCCGGAAAGUCAUGGCAAGAACCUGAGGUGCAAGAGAUGAUCGAAAGGAAAGAUACCUACCUGGUGCAGAGCCCAAUGUGCAAGUUCGGCAUGAAGAUGGACAAUGAUGCCGGAGAACGGUGCUAUGUCCGCAAAGAGACUUUGUGGCUGACGAACUCCAAGCACAUCGCAGAGGAGCUUGAAGGAGUGUGCAUCAACAAGCUCAAAGGGCGUGAAGUUCAUCGGCAUGUGCACCUCAUUGGCCGGGAUCGUGCCAAAGCAGCUCAAGUGUACCCAGUUCCGCUGGUGGAAGCGAUCCUUCGAGGUUUGAAGAAGGAGCUGGUGAACAAUCAGGCACUGAGCGCGGUGGAGGAGCUUCUCAAUGGACCAUCGCCCGACAAUGGCAAUGAGAUGGACAUGGAGCUAAAGCAGUGGGAGGAGGAGCAGUACAUGGAUGAUGUGUCGGGUGCAUUGCUCGACCCUGAGUUGGUCAAGAAAGCCCGGGAGCUAGAGUUGCAGUGGCUGAAGAAGGAAGAAGUCUACAUCCGAGUUCCUCGGAGGGAGGCCACCGGAAAGCUCCUGCAGUGGAAGUGGAUUGAUGUCAACAAGGGCGACAAUGAGAACCCGUUCGUGCGCAGCAGAAUGGUGGCCAAGGAGAUCAAGAAGGCCAAGCCGGUGGAGAUGCAACUUGGUGGAGCAGACACUUUCUCCGCUACUCCACCGAUUGAGGCUGUGUACACCCUGCUGAGCGCUUUCAUGUCCAAGGACCCCAAGAAGGGCGAGCUCAAGCUCGCGAACUGGGACAUCUCCCGUGCCCAUUUUAUGGGGCGUGCUGCACGUGACAUAUUCAUGGAGUUGCCGGAGCAGGACAUGGUGCCAACCGACCAAGAACCCAUGGUCGCGAAGCUCAUGCGGAGCAUGUACGGGACCCAGGAUGCGAGUAAAAUCUUUCAGGAAGAUUAUCAAGAAUGGCUGAAGCAGAACGGAGGAACAUUCUGCCCGCUGUGUCCAGCCAUCUUCAGGUUUGAGGAGCGUGGACUACUUGGACUGGUCCACGGCGACGAUUUCCUGGUGGUGGGUGAAGAUGCUCAGCUUCGCUGGUUGGAUGACAUUCUCAACAAGAAGUACACGGCGAAGUGGGAGAACCUCGUUGGGGAUGGACCUGGCGACAAGAAGUCAAUGACCUUCCUGAAUCGCCUCAUCAAGUACAUCCCAGAUGGAACGGACCAAGGAGGACGACGCCUUGAGAUUGAGGCUGACGCACGGCACGCUGAAAUCCUGUUGAGAGAGUUUGGCUUCAACAAGUCAACAAAGGGAUGUGACGUGCCGGAGGACAAGAUGACGCAGGCCGAGUUGGUGGAGGCAGAUCGGCAGCCAGUCCUUGAGAGCAAGCAGGUGAGCCUCUACCGAUCUAUGGUGAUGAGGAUGGCCUACAUGAGCAGCGACCGUCCAGACCUAUGCCAUGUGGUGAGGACCUUGGCAUCAGCGAUGAAGAGCCCCAAGAUGGUGGAUUGGCAGCGGCUCAAGAAGGCCGUAAGGUACUUGGUGAAGGUGCCGUACCCCAAGAGGGUCUUCCAUGAGCAGCCCAUCGAGAAGAGCAGGAGAUCGACCACCGGUGCAGUCAUUAAAGCUGGAGAUCACACCAUUUUGGUGAAGGGAACGUCGCAGAAGAUUGCGGCCCUCUCCAGCUGCGAAAGCGAGUUUUACGGAAUGCGCCGUAUGGCGACUCACGCCGAGCUCGUGAAGGGCAUCAUGGCUUUCUGGGGGUUCGAGACCCAGAAGGUGAAGUUGAUGGUGGACAGCUCGGCAGCAAAAGCAAUGGCCGAGCGGAAAGGAGUGGGAGUGAAUCGGCACGUUCAAGCUCGCUACCUCUGGCUCCAAGACAAAGUCUUCAACAAGGAGCUGGAGGUGAACAAAGUGCCGGGCAAGAUCAAUGAUGCAGAUCUUGUCACGAAGGUUCAGCCCAAGUCGGUGAUCUUGGCACACUUGGCACGGCCGGGCUUUGAAAACAGCGGAAGAGAAGGGCAUAAGGGCUUAACUUGA